UUUAUAUAGCCUUACCGUCGCACUAAGACGACUCUUGCGCGGAGACGAGGCAAGACGCUGAAUUCAAGGGAGGUGUGGAGCCUGUCCGGCGCCAGGCGAUGGAUAAUUCACCUUCUGAAACAUCACGGCCAACAAUGGCAGGAGGCGCGAGGGAGAGAGUGGUGCCUGAGCACGAGCACCAGUCUCCUCCGCAGUCUCGUGCGGGUUUACUUUUUUUUUUUUAAAUAAAAGUACCCGGAUAAGACAUUUCAAAAUAAAGAAAUUCGAUUUCAACUUUUGUUGUUGCUGUUUUUUUUAAAAGAGAAAACGCGAAAAACACUCCGAGCAACAGAGUCGCCGCUGUUAAGAAAGCGGGGCGUUUCUCCGUCAAGACUGUAGGUUAAAAAUUCCACUUGGUUGUUUUGGUUUAAUAAAACAUGUCAUAAUCAGAAUUUCCCUGUACCUUCUCUGUCAUACAGCACUGAAUAGUUAUUUAUGACAUUUCUGCUGCAGAAAUCCGUGAAGGCAGCUUUUUGAUAGCCUGUUUAAACGGUUAUAAAACACCCGAGCAUAAUCUAAACCAUAUAAUUUUACACGUUUACCUUCCCUUCUCGCUUAGGGGAAAUUUGCGUCCUGUAGUCGCACAGUGUAGUAAUUCUUUAGAGAGAGACUGUGGCUCUCGAAACAGGCAGGAAUUUCCUACUGCGCUACAAACAGCCCUGCUCUGUGGCUUUGUGUAUGUCUGUACGUGUGGGGGGAAGAGUUUAUGAAGAAAGGUUGUUUUUUCGAGAGCGCAGAACACCCUCGUCUAUAAAACGCUCUUUCCUCGACGGUGGAAAAAAUAUGAUCUGUGCGAGUGUGCCUAUAAAGGACAAUCUCUUGUUAAUCUGACCCCCUCUACCUCUCACUUGUAUUAUUUUUUCUUGUCUGUAAAAUUCGUUUUUAGAUACUUGUCCUAGGAGAGAGAGAAAAUCUCCCCAGACAAGCUCAGAGGAUUAGACCGAAACGAAAAUAUACAGAAUUAUGUGUCCAUUAUAUGCCUAUUAGAACAUUACAGACUUGCAAACGGUAAUAUAGGUUCAGAGAAAUGACCGUGAACAUCGUGUAAUAAUUCAAAUAAAAAAUUGUUAAUUUACAUAAUUAAUUCACUAUAAUGUUUUUCAUAUUUACUAAUGCGUAAGCAAGUCUUGACUGCUCUAGACAGUAUCAGUUGUGCAACGCUGAUAAUAUCUUAAGGUAGUUCUCUUUUUCUUAACGAAAAGUCUGGAAUUGUUAAGUGUUUGGGCACAAACUAAGAAUAACUACAGUAUACCUCGGUGAAUGGGGAAAACGCAGUAUCCUUUAACAGACCAAUGGCACCAAAUCAUAAAAUAUUACAAUACAGGCCUCUUAAAGACGAAAGGAAGAGCGUCGUAACUUCCAUUAUUUUUACAAAUUACACUCGUUCGCAUCACUGGUUAUAUCUUGCUAACUCGGAAAGCGAAACGACGCGGAGAAAACUCUUGGGCGGCGUCGCCCUUAAGGAAUGGAAAUCUUUAACAAGACUAGCCUUUUCACACACUGGAAAAAAAAAAAACAACAAAUCAGAGGGUUUAAUGUUCUGCUUUUCUGCGCCGCGGCGAUGAGCGCUGAGCAGGAUGGGCUCUUUAAGUAAAAUGGUCGCUAUCGCGUGAAAGCGGGGCCGUGCCGGCGGACGCCCGGGUAUCGCUGUAACGUGCCAGAUCUUUCAGGUUAGGUGGCGAAUCCUUCAAAGAGAUUUAAAAGAACAUUCCCAAACCCACCCCAGCUCACCUGCUCCGCCGUGUCGUUGCAUGGAGAGUUUGGUCCUGUACCGCACAAUACGUGUUUAUGUUUAUAUUCACCAUUUCUACUGCGUUUGAUGAAAGUUUUGUGUCUAAGAAGAAGGCAGAUCUUGAAGCAGUGCCGUUUAUGGUGUGCUCCACAGGCAGUAUAUCAAGCCUAUAAAAUCAAAGCUGCCGUUUUUAUUAUAGUAUUUAACUACCCCCCAAAAAAGUUUAAAGUAGUUUGUUCCGUAAGUACAGAGUGGUUCUACGCGGGAGCGUUUAACGCGCUCGUAAAGAAAAAAAAUGACAGUUAAUUUUCUAAUAAACUGCUUUUUAUAUGAAGAAAAACACCGUCGAGCGAAUAAUAACAAACCAGCUACAGUGCAGACGUAUGGGGAAUGAAGACCCCCCAAUUAUAGAAAAAAACAUUGCUAGAGAUGGAGAACAAAAUAAUGGCUUUUUUUUUUUAGAGAAAAUUGGAAUAAUAUCUGUGGUUGAACGUCGUGACGGAUUUGAAAGCUGUUUUGGAGCUCACCGAGUUAGCCAAUAAAAUACAAGGCACAUUAGUAACGUGCUCAUCAGCCUGAAACUAAUUUAAGUCUGUAUUUUUCAGAUCUCCGCUUAUUGCUGGGCAUGUACAGAAAUACGUGCGCGCUGUGUUUAUGAUCUUUAUGCAGCGCAAUUCGGUUAUUUUGCCGUUUCAGAUCGCCAUGGUUACACGGCCCGUGCGCUGCUUUGCAUAUUGCAUAAACAUCGCAAAUUAUGUAAAAAAAAUAUAGAUAGCGCGAGAAGAGGACAGCGCCGUGCUGCCCCUCGGCGGAUUGAUUUACGCCUCAUUGACGCUUUAUCAGGAACACGAAAAAAGUCUGACCAAUCAUUUCGCUUCGAGCUCGCUGCACAGUGAAGCAGCUGCACUUUGUUGGCGAGGAAGUUGGGGAAAAGCGUAGUGUACAAAUCGAGAUCUGUCCUCUGUAUUUUUUCCCUUCAAUGAACCGUGCUUUGUAUAAUGUCUGAGAAUGUCCAUUUCUGGAGCUCUUAGCAGUUACUAUGUCGAUUCCAUUAUAAGUCACGAGAGCGAGGAUCCGACUUCAGUCAAGUUCUCCAAUGUACAGUAUCCAAGUCCCAGGCAGCCGGGAGGACACGCUGAGCAUCCAGAAUUUCCUUCCUGUAGUUUCCAGCCUAAACCUCCCGUUUUCAGCGCGACUUGGAGUCCGUUUAAUCCCCACUCUUCCAAUGGUUUACCGGCUGUCUACCACUCGUACAUCCCGGCGCAAGCGAUCCCUUCCCCGGACAAUAGAUACCUUCGCACUUGGCUGGACAGUGCCCCGAGAACUGAGCCCCUGGCCGGACAGGGACACGUGAAGCUGGAGCCGCUGUUGGGACACCUCGGGGAGCCCCCCAAGCUCGGAGGACAGGACUACAGUUUGGAGUGCCCCUCUGCAAGGGACAUUAAUUCCAAUCAAGGCUCCGGCUUCGAGGACAAUAAGGAUAUUUGUGAAGGUAGCGAAGACAAAGAGGGACCAGAUCAAAAUAACCCGUCUGCCAACUGGCUGCACGCUCGCUCCUCCCGGAAGAAGAGGUGCCCGUACACCAAAUACCAGACCCUGGAGCUCGAGAAGGAGUUCCUCUUCAACAUGUACCUCACGCGGGACAGGCGGCACGAGGUCGCGCGGCAGCUGAACUUGACUGAGCGCCAGGUCAAAAUCUGGUUCCAGAACCGCCGGAUGAAAAUGAAGAAAAUGAACAAGGAGCAGCCCAAAGAAUAGGGCCGGCAGACUUCAAGGAGAGGGAGACGAGGAUCCAACCGCAUGAAUAAUCCGCCGGUGUUCACUUGUGAACAUGACGUCCCCACCCCACCCAGCUCCAGUAGUAUGUGUACUCAGUGUUAAUAAUUGUUCAAAGUUUCUUUCAACAUUCCUGCUUUUAAACAGGCCGGCCCGUAACAUUGGUAUUAGUCAGCGAGCUUGGAGGGCCACCUUUGUAUCUCAAACCUUUUGCCUGUCCGCCUGUGAAGUAAUCAUUUUCAUUUUAAGAUUCGAUGACUCCAUCGCUAUAUUGAAGAAAGCUGCUCGCAAUCUAGGAGAAGGAAUUGUAGAUCAGCGUGGCUAAUUCAGAAAAACAUUAUUCUCACUCAAGUAUUUCUGCAGAAGUAAUAAAAUCGUGCGCGCGCGCGCACACAAGUAUGUCUUUACCAAUUUAUUGUCAUUAUUAAAAAAAUAUAUAUACUUUUAACUAACUUUAUUAUACUGAUUUUACAGUAUCCAGGAAAAAGAAAUAAAAUUUUAAUGGUUAUUCUUGUUUUGCAAUAUGCUAUCCUCUGUGUUGCUCGGCAAAGCUAACAACGAGACAUUUCAGUGUUAAGUUCGUGUGUCGUGUUAAUAAGUUAAUAUACUGUAGGCUUAUUUAAUUUAGUUGGGCUACAUAUUAUGAGCAUUUUUUAUAAAUUGUUCUGAUUCCGAGGAGACCAUAUUUAUGCAAAGUUGUGGGAACCUUAACAUAUUUCCUUAAAAUAAAUAAUUUUCUGUAUUCGAAUUGCCUUUUGGGAACCAUUUAAAAAUAAACGUUCUUGUUUUUAUCCGAGAAAGGGUGAGUGGUUGUUACGUGUUCAGCACACUGUCACAAAGUAGAUUUGAUUGUUAAUUCUAGACGCACCUCAACAUUGAACAUUGUAGUAGAUUUAAUUUUAAUGCGAAAAAAGUUUUUUUUUUUAAAAAAAACAUCAACAACGUUUAAAAAUAGAAAAUACCGAUAAGCAGAAAUCGAAUAAACACGAGGUGGGAUAUAGGAACAGUUAAUUUUCCUUUGGUUGAAUGUGUCGCGGAAACAGGGAAGGGGACAUCGCUGUUUGAUGCAGCUUCGUUUUUUUUUUUCUUUCUUUUAUCGAAGACACAAGACAUAUUGUAAAGGAGUAAAUUGUUUACAUUACGACUGUCAUCACGGGCGUGUUAAAUAAUUCUUGAAGGCAUAUUCUAUACGUGUGUAGGAAUCCGGCAUGUCGCACAGUGUUGAAAACACCACUCUGAACGAUUCAAACGGAGCGCGACUAAGGGUACAGCAGUUUUUUUGUGUGCUAAUUUAUUGUUAUUAAAGGAAUAACCUCAAAUCUUUCUAUUGCUAUGCGGUUUCUACUUUUGUGAGCGGCAUGGGUGGGCGAGAAUGUCAGGUUAUACUUGAAUGAACAUUUUUGUCUCAAUUUGCUUAAUGUUUACAUUUUCUUUUGGAAGCUGAAGAACAUAGAGGUGGUAUUUCGACUGGUGUCGUUUUGUUUUCAUUCGAUAGGUAACAUAGAUGGUGUUCUUGUUGUUGUUUUUUUAUAUAUCUCUAAAUGUAUUUCCUAUUUUUUGUUGGACAAUGGCUAAUCUGGUGCUGAGAUUCUUUUACGGUGUUUGAGUCUGUCCUUAGUACGUCUGGAGUGUUACUGGAACCUGGGCGCCGUUCCCGCGUCCUCUUCCUGAGCUUAGCUCCUCUCUUCAGAAAGAAAGAGAUCCAGAAACUGUCUAUUUGAAAGUAUGAACUUUGUUAUUGUGGUGAAUCCUUAACUCCUGUCGGUGGAUAGUUCUCUCCGAGGAGAACAGCCGCAUUUUUCCUUCUGUAUUGUUGGUGUAUCUCACGAAGUUGCAAUGACACUGUAAAUGCUGGAUUCGUAAUAAAUCGUUUACAUCUAA